AUGGUCCAAGUGUGGGAUGUGCACGAGUCUUCGGACCCCCUAAGGCCGCGCGUAGAAGAGGCGUGUGCGCUCAAGGAAUCUGGCAAUGAUGCCUUCUCGAGGACCCAAUAUGCAGAGGCAAUGAACCACUACCAAGACGCGCUCAUGCGGCUUCCACCGCGGGUCCAGGACGACCAAGAUCGUCCAGAGAACUCUGUGACAGUCGACGAGCACAUGUUCAAAGACGACAUUGUGGAUCUCCGCGUCAAGCUUCAUGCCAACUUGGCCGCAUGUCACUUAAAGCUUGUACGUUACACUCGGCCUUACUCAGCGCUUGAGGAAGAUCCUCAGAAUGUGAAAGCAUUGCACCGCCGUGCGACAGCUCACGAGCAAUUGGGCGGAUGGGGUCACCUCUCUUCAGCCCUGAAAGGUGAGUUUUCUUGUCUCACAAUAGAUUAUCAGCGCCUGGAUGAGCUCGCAAAAGAGGGACGUACUCCUACCUCGUACCGACGAGAUUUGGAUGCAGCAUUGAUUCGGUUGCCACCACUUGUCGACCUAGCUGCACAGAAGGAAAAGGACGAAAUGGUAGACAAACUCAAGACUAUGGGUAACAAGGUGCUGGGCUACUUCGGACUCUCUACCGACAACUUCCAGUUCCAGCAGCAAGAAGGUGGUGGCUAUUCUGUGAAUUUUGUGCAGUAG